AUGAUUACCAUUAUAAGGUACAAGUAUCAAUAUACUACAUAUGCAAGUACUGUAUUACCAACAAGUGAUAAUGGUCUAAGGACACCAUUAUUAUUUAUAGCUUGUGCAGAUGGUGCUGUUGAAAUAUCAAGUGGUAAUCCUCCUAAGAAAAUACAUACAGUUAGGAUAGAAGGGAUGGCGACUGCUGUUGCUUUAUCUCCUGAUGGUCUGAGGCUAGCUGUUGGAUCCUCUGUUGGUACAGUUACUAUGUUCUUACUCAAGACACUACGAUUGGAUGGUGUUAUUGAUUGUAGAAAUAGAUAUGGUAAACUUAAAGAUGGUAGGAAGAUAAUUGGAAUGCAAUGGCAGAAGGAUUCUCAAAGAUUAAGAGGUAAUACUAUCAUCAUUAUCAAUAACGAAAGCAUCAUCCCAGAGUAA